AUGGAAAAAUCAUCUUGUGCCAGCUCAUUGUCAAGGCAUAUUAUCAAGGAAUCCGGGUUCAAUGCUCCUGUAAUGAAAUCGAAGCAUAAGCUUGCUUUAAAGGCUCAUGAGGAGUAUAUACAGAAGCGGAACGCUCAAAGCCAGCAAAAUGCUCUUCGGUCAAAACCUGUAGAUGUAAAGUUAAGCAAGGAUAAUCGAAAACAAUAUCAAAAACCCGACUUUCAAUUUUCUGCAAAAACAAAACAGCAGAAUUGUCGGCCAUCAGACUAUUAUCCUGCAUAUGGCAUGAAGCAACCGGAAUCUGCACUAGCCAAUGGAUAUUCUAAACCGCAAUCAUCAAAGCAGAUUAAUGGUGUUUGGUAUCCACCGUCAUAUUCGGUACCUCCCCACUAUGGAAUUACCUACCCAUUGGCAUAUUAUUAA